CUCCUUUGCUUGCUCCCCGGUCGCGUCACCGUCCGCCUCUCCCGAGGACUCCAAAACUCACACAGGGGCACUCUCUCUCUCUCUCUCUCUCUCUCUCUCAUCCCCUCUCCUUCUCUCCUCGGCUCCGCUCCGCUGUGCUCCUUCCCACGCUAGACCGAGCGAAACCAAUCUCCAUCUCUCUCCUCUUGGACGGCCAUGGUCGGCGCCGCGCCGCUCGCCGCCGGGAGGUAGGGGGCGUUCCGAUCGGCGAGGGGGGUGGGUGGGGCCGGGCAUGAGGGCGCCGCAGGAGCGCACCAUGAGGGAUCUCUACGAUCGCACGCGCCACAAGGAUCUCGCGCUCCCCGAGGAAUCGGCCAAGGAACGCCGACGCGGUGGUGCAGGACGGGCGGAGGGGUCCGAACAGCGUGAAGUGGCCCCCAAGAUUGAGGACAACCCUACAGUAACAAAAAGACCAGUGCCAAGCGAUAGUCCUCGCGUGAAGGCAGAAUCUGGCAAUUGUAAUGUCUGUUCUGCUCCUUGCUCCUCCUGCCUACACAGAAGUCUUACACCUGUGGAUUCUAAUAUGGACUGCGGAUCAUCUCAAACGUGCUGUGCAAGGUCAGAAUCAAAAAACAGUUUGUUAGUUCGUACUGGGAAAGGGCUCCAUGCCAAGGGAGUAGAGAAUGAUGAUGAAUUCAGUGCUACUUCAAGCCAUGCUUCCUAUUCUGAAAAUGGUGGAAAUAAGGCGAUGGCAAGGUCAUCCGUUGCAGCAGAUUCGGAGGUAGACAUGCCAGCAAAACGUAGAAGGCUAUUGAAUCAUGAUCCGAGGUCACCUAGAGAAGAUUGUCACGAUGAUAGUAACUCAUGUGUUACUGGUACAUCAGCAGGAAACAAAGUACUGUUGGAUAGAAAGGAUAAACUAUCUACUUCUGCAUCAAGUCGUGAUCUUUCUGUUAAGGACUACAAAGACAAGAACAUUUCUGGACACAACGGACUAAGAAAUUCCCGUGCUGAAGAAUCUACACAUGAGAAGAGAUCUGAUGUGCACAUUACGCAUCCUAGCUCAUCUGAUCGAUCAGUUCCUGCAGAUUCUCCUUCAUUUCUGAUCAAAAAGUUACUCCGGAACUCCUCUGCCAGUGCAUCUCAAGGAUCAUCUCCUAAAAGACCAAGCCAGGGUUUAGGGAAUUCACAAGAUAAUUUAGUGCAACAACCUCACGACAAAGUUCCUCUUUUAGAUAAUAACGUAGAUCAUUCACUGGGAGGGAAAUCAAACCUGUCUGUGAUUGGUGGUGACAAGCAUGGCAUGCUGACUAGUUGCAGUACAAGUAACAGAAAUAAAAUCAAAGCUGGAUCUUCAUCAAAGGAUCUGGAAAGUGGCACCCCUUGCUUGAGGAAUGGCAGUCAAGAGCACGCUGACACCGAAUCUGAUGAUGUUGCUAAGAGGAAUGACAAUGUUCAGCAAGAUCAGAACGAAGAUUUAUCAACGGACAUGUCGAGUGGUAGGGAGUUGAAUACACAGAAUGAUGUGAUGACAGACUGCGGGAACUCAGAAAGCUUAAUAGAUGUUAAUGUUUGUGAUAUAUGUGGAGAUGUUGGUAGGGAGUAUUUUCUGGCUACAUGCACUAGGUGCCUUGAAGGGGCGGAGCAUACUUACUGCAUGCGAGUGAAGUUGGAGAAGGUUCCAGAAGGUGAAUGGUUAUGUGAAGAAUGCCAGCUUAAUGAAGAUCAAAAUAAAACAAGAAGUAACCAUGGUGCAUCGUCAGUUGAUAUUUUGGAUGGAAAGAACCCAAAUUCAGAAAGUACGAGCAAACCUAAGACGUUGCAGGUUGCUGUCAGUAAUGUUGAAGCUCAACAACUCGCUUGUGCACCACCAAAAGCUGUUCACUUGUCUGGUAAUAGUCAAAAGCUGCAAUCAGUGGCAACUGAUCCUGAGGGCCGGCAGGUGAAGUGUACUGCCCCAACUGCUGAAAGGCUGGAUGCAAAGAAUAAAAACUCUCUGGGUAUGGCAAAUCGUAAGCGGUUGCAAGUUCUUACCUCUGACAUGGAAGCACGGCCACCCACUUGUGGCACACCAACAGCUGGAAGAUUAGGCAAGAAGAAUGAAAGUUCGGAAGUUUUGUUGAAUUGUAAGAAGUUGCGAAUUGCAACUAAUAUGGAAUCACCACUGCCAAGUGAAGGCCUAUUGAGUCCACCUAAAUCAUGCAAGAGGCAUGCAGAAAAUACUUCAUCCUCUAAUCCGAGACUGUUCAAGACGGAAAGCCCUAGGAAACAUGAUGUUUUCUCUCGACAGAACUCAUUUAAGAAAUCUAACAAGGGAGAUUUUAAGUCACCUAAUAAUGUUCCAGUGAGGGGUAUUCAGGCAGUCAAAAGUUCCGCGAGCUUAUCACGGUCAUAUUCGUUAGGAAGCAUGGCAAAUGUGAAAGCACCAGUUCCUUCACCUUCACCACGUGGUUCUUUAUCGAAGCAAUUGUCUUUCAACAAAUCGAUCAGCGAACCAAAGGUCAAGCAGUUAGUGGAAGGUGUGCCAAGCAAGCUGAAGCCUGCAAAACAUUCCUCAAUAGAUCUUGGAGAAAAGGGGACCAUGAGAAAACUUGUCAAUUCUGGAUCAUUUAAACGUGAAGGUUCAGUUUGUAAAGACUCAAGUUCAUUUAAGCAGAAGCAAUCGUUUCUUUUGUCUCAAGAUGAAAAACCAAGAAUGUUGAAGCCGAUGAACGAUAGAAGUUUCUUAGAAAGGAGGGCUUCUUUUAAUCUUCAGAAACCAAAUAUUCCUUCAUCACCAAGGACUGAUUGUUCUAUCAAGUCAGGGGAUCGAAAAAUUGACCAAGAUUCUCCAAGGCCUGGACCAAGCAUACUUAAAACUAGCAAAAAGCCAGGUAACAUUGAAAAGAAGCAGAGCUCUGUUUUUUCUAAAAGUGAGAAGCGGGCCAUUGCUGUUCACUCAACGUCAACAGGAGCUGUUUCUGCUAAAGAUGCUUGCACAGUGAAGACUUCUGAGCCACCAGUUCCAUUGGAAAAUGUUAAUAAGGGUAGCAUAAAUGAUUGUGCUGGUGAAGCUUCAUUCAUUUUGCUGACAAAUGAUAGUGAAAUGCCAACUAAGCCUGAGGCACUUUCCACGCCACUGGCUGCUGCUUCUGAAUCAGAUUUACAAGAUAUUGUGCCAAGAGCAAUUGCUUUAGAAGAUUUGACUCCUAAUGUGGGACAGUUCCAACAAAAGAGUUUUGAAACCACGGCAAACAAGUCAAGUCAAAGUUCUGAGGCAGUUCAGGCUUCAGAAGGCAUAUUGCUUCAGAGUCCACAUGGCCUUUCAGUGGCACAGAAACUGUGUGCCCCUGACAACAAAUUGAGUGAGCCCAGUUUGAAGCAUCAAGAUUCUUUUGAUCAAAUGCCCACUCCUGGGAAUCUUUGUACAGCUUUAGUUAUUCCAGAGCAGACUUACAUCUGGCAAGGUUUCUUCGAGGUUUCGAGACCUGGAAACGCUUCCGAAGUAUAUGAUGGGUUUCAGGCUCACUUGUCUACCUGUGCCUCGCCCAAAGCACUUGAAGUAGUCAAACAAUUACCUCAGAGAAUUCAGCUGGUAGAAGUUCCUCGAUGUUCCUCAUGGCCACAGCAAUUUAAGGAAGCACAGCCGAGUGAAGAUAACAUUGCUCUUUUUUUCUUUGCUAAAGAUGUUGAAAGUUAUGAAAGAGUAUACACGAAGCUCUUGGAAAAAAUGCUUGUUGGAGAUUUGUCCCUAACAGCAAAUAUUAGUGGCUUUGAGCUACUCAUCUUGUCUUCUGAUAUGUUACCGGAGAAGAUUCAACGGUGGAAUGGCUUGCUUUACUUCUGGGGCGUCUUCUAUGCCAGGAAAGCAAAUAGGCCAGCAGAGCUUCUUGUCAGAGUGACAGAUCCUUGUCCACUAGAAUCAACCGCUGGACCUUGUGAUAAGCUUGUGUGUUCCCCUAAGGUUCCUCAAUCUUUGUGUAUUGAUUUGAACCAGUGUCCUGGUGAUGAAUUAUAUGAUGCACCCAUAUCACUUGGAUCAGAGACAGAGAAUUCUGGUGCAACUGAAGAUUACAGUACUUUGUUUGGGUCAAAACAUGAGGUUGCAAAUCUGGAUACCUGUGGCAUAUACCACCAAGAUACUGCAGUCACCAAAAAAAUUAUGUUGGGAAGUGCUUCUGCAGUUGUCUGUGAAUCUUAUAUCCCCUCAAGCUCGGGAGGUUGCAACAUGAAGCCAUAUUAUCCAAAUGAUAUGAUAGGUGUCAUGGGAACUGCAGGUAGAGACAACAUGGAGGAAGAGGAGGACUUUAAUCCGAAUGAAGCUCCAUGCUAUGUUGAACGGCAUGCAGGUGCAAGCAGAUCAAUAUCUGACAACAUAUUACUUGAGAAGCAAGCACUCACAUCCUCAACAGAAGUAUCCCUACGGCAUCCUAGCGAAUCAACCUUGAAGGUGGACUUUAUUUUGCGUGAUUCUGAGUCCAGCUACAAAAGGCAGAAGACUUCCAGCGGAGAUAAACAAAUGCCUAGCAAAUGCCUGUCAAAGAUACAAUCAUUGCCAGCUGGUUGGUGUACUCCAUUAGAUGACACACAGUAUACCCACAGCUGUCUUGCUGAUCUAGGUUCUACAACAAAAACCAUCUCAGAUCAUAUCGUUCAUGUUCUUUCAUCCGAUGAUGAAGACUCUCCAGAACCUAGUACUGGUAUGAAUAAGGCAUCGUUGAAGGCAGAGGAGGGAUCCUCCCCUCUAUUGUCACUUUCCCUGUCUACAGUGGCAAAACCACAUAAUCUUGGUGGUUCUGAAAGGGGAGAUGAUCAGUCACUGUCUCUGUCUCUUGGGCUCCCUCUCCCUGGUGUAGCGGAAGGAAACCAAGCUCUCGAGAUAAAGCAGUUUCUGCCGGAGAAGCCUGGCAUAAACACUUCGUUUCUUCUUUAGAUAUGCGGGUGUACAGUUUUGUGCUGUCUUUAACUUUAUGGAGUCUAGACAGGGUAGAAGUAUGGUAUAGCUGUUAAAUUAUGAACAUCUUGGUCUUAUUUCACUGCUCUAUGCAUCUCUUGCUGUUGUUGGUUGAUGCUGGUCUAGUGAUGGUAUUGACUGCUGCAUUUUGUUUGAUAUAUUGAGUUUUAGUUGCGGAAUGUGAACGGUUUUAUAGAUGGAAGUUUUUCCUAUGGUUUAUGUGACAAAAUUUUAAAAUAA